UGAAGUUCGCUUUCGUAUCACCCUUCAUCUAAAUCUGGGAUUUUUCUUUUCAGUUCCAAUUGCAACAUUUUCUCUCUCUCUCUCUCUCUCUCUCUCUCUCUCUCUCACUUUUCUCUUUUCACUCUCUCCAAAUCCAUACAUACACAGUAAAAGGAGGAACAACAAAUGGGGGCUUACCGAGCCGAUGACGAUUAUGAUUACUUGUUCAAGGUGGUUCUGAUCGGCGACUCCGGCGUCGGCAAAUCGAACCUUCUUACUCGCUUCACGCGAAACGAGUUCAGCCUUGAAUCCAAGUCCACCAUUGGCGUUGAGUUCGCCACCAGAAGCAUUCGCGUCGAUGACAAGGUUGUCAAGGCUCAGAUUUGGGACACUGCUGGCCAAGAAAGGUACCGAGCAAUUACAAGUGCGUAUUAUCGUGGAGCUGUUGGUGCUUUACUAGUCUAUGAUGUUACGCGUCAUGUUACUUUUGAAAAUGUGGAGAGAUGGCUGAAAGAGCUGAGAGAUCACACAGAUGCCAACAUUGUGGUGAUGCUUGUAGGGAACAAAGCAGACCUGCGUCAUCUGCGUGCAGUUUCCACCGAGGAUGCUACAAGUUUCGCCCAGCGAGAGAGGACUUUUUUUAUGGAAACAUCUGCCCUCGAAUCGUUGAACGUUGAAAGUGCCUUUACGGAAGUGCUGACCCAGAUCUAUCAUGUUGUAAGCAAGAAGGCCCUUGAGAUUGGAGACGAUCCAGCAGCUUUACCGAAAGGGCAGACGAUUAGUGUUGGUUCCCGUGAUGAUGUAUCAGCUGUGAAGCAAGGUGGAUGUUGUUCUGCUUGAGUGUGUAGUAAAAGUCAGUCUCUGUAUUUUUACUUUAAAACACAUGCCUUGUUUAUACCAUGUAGAGAUUCACCUCACAACAUGAAUAUGAUUGUUUAAAAAGCAUCAAACAGUUUCUGCUAUGGUUUGUAGAGAAUUAUGUUCAAUGUUAGCCAGCUAUUUUUUUAGGAAACAAGCACAUUCGUUUUGGCAGCUUUCCCAUUUUUGUGCA